CGUGCGUGACGUCACUGGACAUUAGCAGCGGUAGACUCCGUGCGCAAGUGAGCGAGCGCUUGCUUGGUUAGGCCUGGAAAAAAAAGGAGGGCUGUUGAACAGUGGAACGCCGAUGACUCGCUUGUGGCGUUAAUCGCGGGUGUGCCGAUCCUCGAGUGUGCAACAACUGCCCCUCAACGGUGCCUCGGCCGGCAACGACGCCACCGCUCCUUGGAGAUAAGCCAGCCGUGUCGUCCGCUGUGCCGACGUGAUCGCCCUGCGUCUGAGCUGCCGUUGAGGCGUUUUCCGUGCCCCGAGUCGGCCAUUGCGAGGGAGCGGGGGGUAAGUUUGGCGUUAUGGCCAAGAAAACCUACGACCUACUCUUCAAGCUGCUCCUCAUCGGCGACUCCGGAGUCGGAAAGACGUGCAUACUCUUUAGGUUCUCCGACGACGCCUUUCACACGACGUUCAUCUCCACCAUAGGAAUUGACUUCAAGAUCAAAACCAUCGAGCUGAAAGGCAAGAAAAUAAAGCUCCAGAUAUGGGACACAGCAGGCCAGGAGCGUUUCCACACCAUCACGACCUCGUACUACCGGGGCGCCAUGGGCAUCAUGCUGGUGUACGACAUAACCAAUACCAAGAGCUUUGACAACAUUGCAAAGUGGCUGCGGUACAUCGACGAGCACGCGAACGAGGACGUUGAGAAGAUGAUCCUGGGCAACAAGUGCGAUAUGGAGGACAAGCGCCUCAUUUCCAGGGAGCGAGGCGAGGCGGUGGCGAUAGACCACAAUAUUCGCUUCAUGGAGACAAGUGCGAAGACAAAUGUCAACAUUGAGCGGGCCUUCACGGAGCUUGCCGAAGCCAUCUUAAAUAAGCAAAUGGCGGGCAAGGACCAGGCUGAGAACCAAGAUAGACUUAGGGUGCUGCCUCCUGAAAAGAAAGUCAUGAAUUGUUGCUAGGGAAUGUUCCACUUGCGGCCACCAUUCUGCGUAGAGGGAAGGCCACUUCGACAACACACGAGCAAGAAAACGAACAGACACACGACACACGCAACACACUCGCGCGCAACGGUGGGACAUCUUGACACAGGGACAGGAAAUUUGGCGUGAGCAGUGUGGAGCUGUGAGCGGCAUAGUGGAGGAAGAAACGGAACACACAAGGGAAAUCGAGCAGGCCCCGGCAUCUUCCGACGUGCUCUGUGCCCCCCCCCCCCCUGCUAAAUAGAAGCCAGUCUUACUGUAGCAUAUUGGCCCCGAAAGAAACAACCAUGCUUUUUGUGCUUUGCACCAUGGAAAGCUGAGCCCGGCUCUUUUCCUCCUACGUCACGAGCAGCGGCGAUCUCUUGGCUCUCUCCCAGCCUUCUCCCGUCUCUAAACCCUGUUGGGCCUUUUUCCGGGCCCCAUUGUGAUAGUGGAUGACUGAGAUGUGUGUGCCGUAUCUGUGUACAAGCUUUCACCCCCCUUUUUUUUUUAUUCCUUUUGCCCCCCCGUUUUUGGUUUGCUUCUUGUUGUUUAGCUGCCACAAUUGCUUCUCUCUCUGCCAGAGAAAUUGGGAGCUUUAGAUAUCACCCUUGCAAAGAGAGGCCUUGAACUCUCGCCAUCGAGCUGCCUCCUGCACCUGGAGUGAGACCAGAUGACAAAAACGUGCCGCCCAUCAUCGCCACUAGGGUGUGCACAUCGACUGCACCAUCAUUCACCUUGUUCGACAUUGCGUGCGCGGUGCCCAGACCAAGCUCUGACGAAGCGUCGCGCGCCUCUGACUGUGCCGCCAUGAAGGUGAUGUUGGUGUGAAGCUAGUGUCUGCAAGCUGGCUGAAAAAGCGGCGAGAAAGGGUGUGGCUACGGUAUGCAAUGGGAAGUUUUGCAUUGGCCUCUGCGCGAAUAAGCUGCCGCUGCUGCUGCGACACAUGGCUCGCCAAGGGCAAGAACGCGUUCCCACCUGCUGCACCGUGCAGUUACCCCACCCCACCUCCCCCACCUUCAGUUCCCACGCCCCCUCAUCGUCUGCACUAGCAUACUUCUCGAUUUUAGAGCCUUAAGUGAUCUCUCCUCCUCCCGGUCGGGUUGUCUUGCCAAUUUCGUCGAGAGAGAUAGAGAAAGGAGAUGGAGAACUGGUUUGUGCUUGCCUCACUUGCAGAGUGCACAGUUUUUAAAUUUUGCAACAGGAGUGGGCACAGAUUUUUUUUUAGCUCUUUCUUUCUCGCAAAAUACUUCGUGCACAAGUUCUGCAAAGGCGAGUCACAUCCGACCGAAGGAGUGGCGGAGGAACGGAACGCUGCUGACGUGUGCAGGACUUGGAGCCCACAACUGUGUGAAAAGACUGUGUAGUGAACUCAUUUUGAUUUGCCUACCUUUUUUUUUUUCCUUUUUUAUCUAACUUCCCCGCCCUUUCUCAUUGGCUAGCUUGCUUAUAAGCCUCAUGGUCUAUCUUUCCGUAUACCUCAGAUUUUUUUCCCCCCUUGCUGUUGGGCACCAGUAUCGCUUGCACUGGGCAAAGCUUGUUUCUUUACUCUUACUUCAUCGCGAUUGAGUCCCCCUUUUCUCGGUGUUGUGUUUUCACAGCUUAAGUCUGUUUCUUUUACAUCGAUUUCUCACGAUCUGCUGCCAGCAAUGUCGCAAUGCCUUCUUUGUUAAUAAGAAUGAGCUCCCAGUGAGGCAACAUUCUUUCUACUGUACAAUAAGCGUUCCUCUUUUUGUUGAAUAAAUUGCAGUUCUUCUAGAAAGAG